CGAUGUUUCUACUGUGACGUAUAAUCUAGUGGACGGAACGCUUCUUCAACAACUGCAGCCACCUCCGUAGCUCACUGGACAUCAACGUCGGAACAUUCAAGCUUUUUAGACAAUUUCGUGGUUUAAUUACCACUAUGAUUCAAACAUAGUUAUGGGGAAACAGCUAGCUACCCGAUUUAAAUUCAUAUUUACGUUGUAAGUCAGCUAGCUGGCUGGUUAAGUUAGCACUAGUCUAGUCGCUAAUGCUAACUAUCUAUUUUCUCCGACCAUGAGCUCACUAAGCUACUCUCCUCCUGCUGAAGAAGAGGUGGUCUGCUGGACGGAGAAAGAAGCUCUCGUCAAAGAGGAGGCGGAAGAGAAAGAUGUUACAAUACAAAAACAAGUAGAGGGUGAGGCUGUUAACGUGAAAGAAGAGGAAGACCCCUUCAGAGUGAAAGAGGAGGAGGAUGUUACUGUAAAAGAAAAGGAGGAAGAUGCAGUUUUUGGAGUGGAGGAUGAAGUGAAAGAAGAUGAAGACGUUUUUGGAAUGAAGGAUGAAGAGGGUGAGAUUACUGUCAUAUUAGAGGAGGACGAAGAAGAGAAGACUGGAGAACUGAUUAACACCAGUAAAUACAGAGAGAGACGUGACAAUCGUGGAUCCUCUGGGGAGCCUCAACAACCUUGUGAUGCUGAAGAGGCAGAGAAGAGUCUCUCCAGAUCAGAACACCUCAAUAAACACCUGCAGAGAUCCACAGGGAAGAGAACUCACUGCUGCUCUGACUGUGGGAAGAGAUUCACCUCAUCAGGCAUUACAAUUCAUCAGAGAACACACACAGGAAAGAAACUUUAUAGCUGUGAUCAAUGUGGGAAGAGUUUUGGUCAAUCUGGAGAGCUGACAGUGCACCAGAGAACACACACAGGAGAGAAACCUUAUAGCUGUGAUCAAUGUGGGAAGAGUUUUACUACAUCUAGCACUCUGACUUUACACCAGAGAAUACACACAGGAGAGAAACCUUAUAGCUGUGAUCAAUGUGGGAAGUGUUUUAGUCAAUCUGGCCAUCUGGUUUUACACCAGAGAACACACACAGGAGAUAAACCUUAUCGCUGUGAUCAAUGUGGGAAUUGUUUUGGUAGAUCUGACCAUCUGGUAUCACACCAGAGAACACACACAGGAGAGAAACCUUAUAGCUGUGAUCAAUGUGGGAAGAGUUUUUGUCAAUCUGGCCAUCUGGUAUCACACCAGAUAACACACACAGGAGAGAAAUCUCUUAGCUGUGGUCAAUGUGGGAAGUGUUUUGGUAGAUCUGGCUCUCUGAAUCUACACAAGAGAACACACACAGGAGAGAAAUCUUAUAGCUGUGGUCAGUGUGGAAAGAGUUUUGGUCAAUCUGGAGUGCUGACAUUGCACCAGAGAAUACACACAGGAGAGCGACCUUAUAGCUGUGAUCAAUGUGGGAAGAGUUUUGGUAGAUCUGGCUCUCUGACUCUGCACAAGAGAACACACACAGGCGAGAAAUCUUUUUGCUGUGAUCAGUGUGACAAGAGAUACUUUGAUAAAAGAUCUCUGAUCAAACAUAAGAAAAUACAUACAUGAAGGAGUUAUUUUGUGAUAUCAAUGAAAAAAUGUCACAAUGUAGAAUGUUUUUAACAUUGUAGUAGGAGUAUUUUAAGGAAUUUCACAAUGUCGAAUCCUAAACGUUUGCCCCAUUGAUUUCAGCAUGAUAUGGAUAUUAGCCUUUGGAAAAAUCCAGGCUCUGAAUUGAAAGAGUAAUAUUUAUGUGAUUUAACAAAAAGUGACUAACACAAAAAGAGCUGUGUAACACUUACCAUGUUGGUGACCCACUUGAAUCAAAAUGCAACACAUCAGAAUGUAGCUAGCUGUUUUCUACAAAUUGUCCUCUAACCAGUGAUGUACACAUUAUUCCCAGAUUCCGUGUGGUUUUUGAGCUGUUAAAAGUAACAGGACGUGCAACCUCAUCUCUCUCCUCUCGGCACAAUGGAUUUCAACAUGAUAUCGAUGAGUGAUGUCAAAUAAGUGUUGCGUUCCAUAGUUUAGCGACCCCUAAAUUUAAAUGCAUCACUCCAAUCUGUAGAUGACUGUCUUCUGCAGGUUGUCCUUUAACCAGUUAGGUAAAAGAUAUCUGAAAAUAAAAUCUGUUUUUUUUAGUCGUGUUAGUUUCAACAACCCUUACAACCUGAUUUCCCCCAAAAUCGAUAUCAGUGAUUUAUUGCUACUUGUCAAAACAACAGCGUUGCUUGUGCAGUUUAAGGAGCUUGUUUAAAUAAAUACAAGAUAUAUGAUUAUUGUGGCAGAUGUUUGUCUAUAUUGCACAUGUUAUGUUUAGGUUUUUAAUUUAUCCCAAACUAUUUCUGCAUAUUGGUUAUUGAUUUGGACACGUUAAAACUGUGUUUUAACAUUGGGGAUAUCCCACCUGUCAAAAUGUAAUUGAAAAGCCGCUGAAAAUAAGACUAUGUAACCAAAUACUCAAUAUUUCCAAUUCAUGUAACUUUUUGUAAUGAUUAUUAUUAAUGCAACCAACUGACAAUUUGGUACAAUUAUAUUGACAUUGUUUCCCUGCUUUUAGAAUAUCAGGGUUCAUUCUCAGAUGUGCCAAACCAACUGUACUAGAGCAUGACAUUGGGGACUGGGUUCCGAUCCACCAACAUGCCUAUCUAGUGAACCCUGAAAAGAGAGAAGCUCCGCAAUGAGGUGGAAAGUUACUACGGAUAUUGCAGGAGUUUCCCUUUGAAAUCAGACAUGUCUGUGGUAAGGACAACUUGUUGCUGAUUGUCUCAAGGGUGGGCAGUUAAAAAUAUUUGUGUUUUGCGUUUAGCCAGUGAGUUGCCAUGGAUCACAAUGUAUUUUUACUGCAUGUUUUUCCGUUUUGUAGAAAGGUUUUGUUUGGGCUCGUUUCAGAGGGACGAGAGUUCUAGAAGCUAGUGAGUUUUAGGAAAAGGGGAGUUCUAGAAGCUAGUGAGUUUUAGGAAGAGGGGAGUUAUAGAAGCUAGUGGGGAAAAAACAUUUUCUUGUUUUAAUUGUUGACAGCCGGGAGACACCAUGUUUAUAUUAGUGAAGGUGUAGCAUUUUAGUUGAUUAUAAUGUGAAAUGGAAGUUGUUUUCUGUUGUUAAGCAUUGUCUUAAGGUGUUAGUCUUUGGUUUUUCCAUUUUAUGAUUUGAGGUUUGACUUUAGCAUGUCUUGCUCGUUAGCACGUAGGACGCAGUGAUUGGUGUCACCUCGUUAGUCACUAUGUGUUACACUUGUGCUGGCUUGUCCAUCUCGUUAGUGGGAAGGUGUUUCACCUGAGCUGGUCCAGGUUCUAUUUAAGAGUGUCUGGUCCAGUCCUCCAAUUGUCUUGAUAUAUGUGGAGAGUCAACACCUUUAGUUGAGCCACGUUUUUGGUUUGCUUCCUGUCUUGAAGUUUGGUGUGGGAUUUUAUUUUCCUUUUCCUGGGGAGAUGUAGUGGGUCUCAUGGUGAGUGUCUUUUAUGUCCCAGUUGUUGUUACUAGUCAAUUUUCAAUGGACACCCUUAUUUUGGGUUGGAUAUUUUAACAUUUUUAUCAAUGGCAUUUCCUUAGGAUGCUCCUAGUCUUUAAGUUGUUUUUUUUAUCUUGUGUUUGUACUAAAUAUUUCUAGGGUUUUUCCCACUUUUUUCCUGUGAAGCCAUUGUGUUGCAUCCAUGUCUGAAAUGUGCUGUAUAAAUAAAGCUUGAUUUGUUUUGAACAUAUUGCAAAACAAAUUAACCCAAUGACCAACCAAU